UCACACGGCAAAGGAGCGACCACAACAAGACGCGGAUAUUGGGGGGAUGCGGCAUCGAUACGCGGGAGAUGUCCAGCAGCACCACAUUAACGACACGGACGCCCGAGACAUUUCAGCGCGCGUUCAGAAAGAAGGAUCUCAUCCAGUCGCCCCGCUCUUUAAUCUGCCGCCCCCACCACCAUCGAUAAAGGAGCGUUCCACCUCCUCACAUCAAAACCGACAUGUACUGUCUUGUCCGGACCGCACCACCAGAAAAGGUGUCCAUGACUGUAAACCGCAGCACGGCGAGACCCUGCCUUUGACCAGCCACAGCAUCCUCCUCACACAAGGAGCGCACAGUGACCAUCAGCCUUACAUUAACCAACCAAUUCAGUCGGAGUUUCCAGGGGCCUCAUCGGGCUCUCAGUGUCAUUCUGAGCAAUUCUGCUGCCAUUCUCCUCAGCACAAAUUUUCCGUUUCCCCGCAGCCCUCCCCAUCUGAUCUGCUGCUGCCGCCUCUUCUGCCUUUGCACAUUUCUAACACCCGGGAUACUCACCAGAAGUCUGCUAAUUAUUACAAACAAGAAAACGCACAACGAUGCGUCGGGGAGUGGGGGCGUCGAGACCAAAACCCGUUGCUGCAGCAACCUUGUUAUAAUCAAAAAGGCGAUCAUCAACAAAGGGACCCCUCCUUGGAGCUACUCUUACCAAACUCUGGUCAAGGACAGAUAAACGCACGCGAGGAAAUCGAAAAGGAUGGACUAUUAGGUGAGCCCCAGGCUCAAUUACCACAGCUGCAUGCUCAACGGCAAUUACUGUUGGGUAGCAGCUUGCCUGUCAACUACUGCAUCAGCGGAUCUGAGGAAGUGUGCAGAAAUAACCAAGCGCUGUUGCAGCAACAGCAGCAGCAGGCGGACGCGCAGAAACACAGCAUCCAGUGGCAGCAGAGUGACCGAGACAGCAGGUGCCAGGAGAGAAAAAUCGCACUCUGUCAAGCAGAGAAGCAGUUUCAUGAAGCUCAAUAUGAACGUGCGGCAGUGAGAAACUCGUCAGUCUCCAGUAGUGAAAACGGCAGCCCCCCGUACGGCUCCAGCAGUCAACUGUGGCCAGAGCCCCACGAAAAGGAGCUAAGGAAAACCCCAACAGGCAAACACAAGGCAUAUGCUGAGCAAACAAAGCUGAGCCAUGCUGGAUCCAAGCACUCCCUCUCCGAGAGAAGUCACUCACUCCCUCAGAUAGCCAUGAACAGCUGCAAGUACAAUGGAGGAGUGGUAAGACCACUGGGCAGCCUGGCGGCAUCACGACGGAAUCUAGCAGAGCAUGACUCUGAGACCCAGCCACUACAGACUCUGCAUAGCUCUGGCCUGGAAGUGGUUGUCUCCAAGGGAGGUGGCGAGGACCCUAGCAAGGCGUCCAAUGAGAGCCUGGUCAGAGAGAGUGGCAAUGCACCACAGAAAAAAAAUAAAGAUAUUGGCUACAAGUUGGGCCACAGGAGGGCACUUUUUGAGAAGCGCAAGCGGCUUAGUGACUAUGCCCUGAUAUUUGGUAUGUUUGGGAUCGUUGUCAUGGUAACAGAGACUGAACUCUCCUGGGGGGUUUACACUAAGGAAUCUUCAUAUUCAUUUGCACUGAAAUGCCUUAUCAGCCUUUCCACUGUUAUUUUGCUUGGUCUUAUAAUAAUGUACCAUGCUCGGGAAAUACAGCUUUUCAUGGUGGACAAUGGGGCGGAUGACUGGAGGAUAGCCAUGACAUAUGAGCGUAUCUUCUUCAUUGUACUGGAGCUGCUGGUGUGUGCCAUUCACCCAAUCCCAGGCCAAUAUGUCUUCACAUGGACAGCCCGGCUGGCCUUCACCUACGUGCCCUCUGUGGCCGAUGCUGACGUAGACAUCAUCCUUUCCAUCCCCAUGUUCCUCCGCCUCUACCUGAUUGGCCGAGUCAUGCUCCUUCAUAGCAAGCUUUUCACAGAUGCAUCCUCACGCAGUAUAGGUGCCCUCAACAAGAUCAACUUCAACACACGCUUCGUCAUGAAGACCCUCAUGACAAUUUGCCCUGGAACUGUGCUGCUGGUCUUCAGUAUCUCCUCCUGGAUCAUCGCGGCCUGGACUGUACGGGUCUGUGAGAGGUAUCAUGACAAACAGGAAGUCACUAGCAACUUUCUUGGAGCUAUGUGGCUCAUUUCCAUAACUUUCCUAUCAAUUGGCUAUGGAGAUAUGGUCCCUCAUACAUACUGUGGUAAAGGGGUCUGUCUUCUCACAGGAAUCAUGGGAGCUGGCUGCACUGCACUUGUUGUCGCAGUGGUAGCCAGAAAGUUAGAACUGACAAAAGCUGAGAAACAUGUCCACAAUUUUAUGAUGGACACUCAACUUUGUAAACGAGUAAAGAACACAGCUGCCAAUGUACUCAGGGAAACAUGGCUCAUCUACAAACACACAAAAUUAGUGAAGAAAAUAGAUCAUGCCAAAGUGCGCAAACAUCAGCGCAAGUUCUUACAGGCCAUUCACCAGCUCCGCAGUGUGAAAAUGGAGCAGAGGAAACUCAAUGACCAGGCCAACACACUGGUGGACUUGGCAAAGACACAGAAUGUGAUGUAUGACCUGGUGUCAGAGCUGCAGGAGCGCAGUGAGGAGCUGGACAAGCGCAUUGGCACGCUGGAGGACAAGCUGGACGCUGUCACCGGCAGCCUGCAGGCUCUGCCCUGUCUGAUCUCCCAAGCCAUAACUCAGCAGCAGCAGGACCUCCUGGACAGUUUUGUGAACCGCUUCCACCCCGCCUCGCUAGGCUCGGAGCGCUCAUGGACCCCCUCCAGGCGGCGGCGCUCCCCCUCCACUGCCCCACACACUUCCUCCGACAGUGGCUAACACUGGCCUGGACCUGCUUACCGCAUCCAAAGGUCUCAGACUUAUUCAUGUAAGCUGAUCAAAUUUUGUUGAGGACUUGAGGUUGAGGACUCAUUAAUAAAUAGAGAAGAAUUAUCAAAAAUAGUAGAUAUAUGGUUUAUGUUUAGCCAUUGUAUGGCUGUUCAAGUUAGCUUUUUUUGUAAAGCCUUCAUAUAUUUACAAGACUGAAGCUGAAGUGAGUCCAACUGGUCCUUAAAACUGAAGAUCAUGGGGUCCACAGGGAAGUGGGCCCAAGCAAUGCCUGCCAGUGUCAACCAAUGUAGAACACAGAGGAGAGACGUAACCAAAUAGAAGAAAUUAAAUGGUUCUGCAAGACAUCUGUGGUGGUGUUUUUCCAAUGCCAGGAUGAGCACUGAGAGCGCCAACAGGUGCUCUGUGAUCACUCAGUAUUCAGCUGGAGAGUGUGAGCUCAUGACCUUACUACUGAGGAGAAUAUUGCCGGAAUGACAACUUUAAGGAUUCAGUUCCCUUGCUCUUUUAAGGGAAAUUGGGUGCAACUAACCUUUUUUAGUUACAUAUUGGCAUGUUCUUUUUUUCAGUGCCUGAAUGUAUAGAUUGUGGUGGGUUGUUCAUUUACAAAUUUUGGAGCGAGUUUUUGUACAAUGUUACUGUAACACAAGCAUUGCAUUCCUUUUUCAGAUACAUUCCUCUUUAAGACAUUUUGACUAAUUUGUCUUAGCAAUUACAUUAACUCUUGCAGUCCUCUCUUAUUUUUCAGCCUUUCAAUACUUCCACCGGUUACUACAGAAAGAAAGAAAGAAAGAAAGAAAGAAAGAAAGAAAAGAAAGAAAGAAAGAAAGAAAAAAAUGAAAGAAAGAAAGAUUAAAGGGAUAGUUCUCCUAAAAAUGUAAUUCUCUCAUCAUUUACUCACCAUCAUGCCAUCUAAUAUGUUUAUGACUUUCUUUCUUCUGCUGAACACAAACAAAGAUUUUUAGAAGAAUAUUUCAGCUCAGUAGGUCCAUACAAUGCAAGAGAAUGGUGACCAGAAAUCUAAAAGCUCAAAAAAGGAGAAUAAAUAUGUCUUCUGAAGCGAUCGAGUUGGUUUUGGUUGAGAACAGUCCAAAAUGUAACAAAUUUUCUAUGUACAUCUUGUCAUUGCAGUCUCUAACCCUAUUGCUUGAUGCAUGCAGUGUGCUAUAUGGUGCUUUAGGAAGUGUAAUCGAGCUUGAAAUCAUUAUUGGCAAGGAGACUGCUGUCCAGAUGUACGGCGAAAAAAAAGAGUAGCAUUUUGGUCUGUUCUCACUUAAAAAAAAUGGUAUCAUUGAUUAAACCACUGGAGUCUAUUACUUUCAUUCUGCCUUUAUGCGAUUUUUGGAGCUUCCAAGUAUUGGCACAAUUCUCUUGCAUUGUAAGGACCUACAGAGCUGAGAUAUUGUUCUAAAAAUGUUCAAUUGUGUUCAGCUGAAGAAAGAAAGUCAUACACAUCUGGGAUGGCAUGAGGGUGAGAAAAUGAUGAGAGAAUUUUAUUUUUUGGGUGAACUAAACCCUUAAGGACAUUUUAAGGAACAGUUAGUACUCAAGUUUGUAAAGUAACACUUUCAUUGAACCAAAUCUGAGCUUCCAGAAGUCUUCACAUUAAAGAGAGGCUGUAUUUUUUAAUUUGAAAUGACAGCACAGAGUGCUAAAUGCUGUGGUAGGCACAAAUGUAUGACAGAACUGAGAUUUAAACCUUUGCAUGUUUCAGUGCAAUUGUGACGAAUGGAUUAUGGAUGGUUUUUCAAAUGUAUGUGUGUGUUCUUUGUUUAAUUUCAUUUAUUUUUUAUACAGAGAUUCCUUUUUAAAAUGUUGGAUAGUAUUUUUAGAGUUGCAAAAAUAGAGGUGCAGUAAUGUGGUAAUGUUUAAUGCAUUCCUUGUUCUACCUAUAAAUGAAAUCUACCAAGAGAUUGUAGAAUCAGUAGGAUAAAAACCAAACAAAUAGUUGUAUAAUCCUGGAAAAUUCUUGGGAGACCUUCUCUGAGAGAGUAUGUCUAAGAGAGCCGGAGAAGAUGAUUAUGGAAGACUUUAUUGUGGCUCACAUUUGCACUUUUCAGAAUAUACCGUUAAGGCAGCUUAGAGCAAACAUCUCUCUCUCCUGUUCACUUGUAUUUUUCUGACAUCUCAAUGGAAUAUGGUCUUGAAUAAUCUAAUUACCUUAGAGCAACUGACAAUGUUAUGUGUUCGAUGUAAUUGUCACAAAUUAGAAUUUAUGGUAACUGACUACAAACAUCAACCCAUCAUUUCAAAUUAGACAAAGAGUCAGUUACAUGAGUUCUCUUAAACAUCUGAGACAUUAUUUUAGCAAUUCAAAUCUGGCAACAUUUUAUUUUUUAAAUAAAACCAGGCAAAAAAGGGUAAUGGAUCUCGUAAGCACACACUUGUGCAGUGAUUUAAUAUGUAUGGAUGAUUUGUAAUAUAUAUUUUUUUAGCCUUUUAUUUACAGAGUACUGGAUUCCUAACCAAAGCGUAAGCUUUAUUUAAAUACAUAUGUUUUAUACAUCAUAACAUCUCAAGUAAAUCGUAAAUUAGUGACAAUUACACACUCACUUAAAGACUCACGUAUGCACACACACUGGUUAAUUGUUUUAUAAAUUAUUUCCAUGAUUUAUAAUUCAAAGAUUUCUCCACAAUCAAAAGGACUCCUAUUCAAACCUGUUUCAGUAUUGUUAAUACUGUGUAUUUAGGUCUUAUUUAUUUCUAGUAUUCUGUUCACCUGUACAAACAAUGCCUACAAUUAGCAACCCUGCUGAACAGUAAUAUCUACUUUAAUGUCUAUUGUAUAACAAAAAUGGAGAGGUAAAAAUUGGAUGGAAAAAACCUACAGUGUUGAAAUAUAGCUUACACUUCCUGCACAUUCGGAUCAAACAGAAACCGAAGAAUCUGGUCAACAAACAUUAAAUACCUAUGGUAGACCAAAAUAGAGGAACAGACGCAUUUUAAGCUGUUGUCGAUGACCAAAAUCCUAAAAAGUGCAAUAUUAAAAAACAAAAGUAUGACUUUUGUCAAACAAACGUUAAUGUAUUAUUGCAUAGUUUGAUUGCAAUUAAUAUGACCACGACCCCGGUUGAUCUUUUUUCUCGCUCUUUCACUGUUUCAAAACAGUCUAAAUGUUGUAAUUUGCAAUUUAGCUUUUUCCAUCUGACAUCAAACUGCAUAAAUCAGUAAAUGGGACACCAAAUCAGAAGAAAGUAUUUUACUGGACUACAGGAUUUUAUUUUAUUUCUCUCUCUUUUUUAUUGCCUUUCUUGUAAUUAAACAGAGAGAUAAAUUUGCAUUUUUUAUCCUCCAAG